AUGAAGCUCCGCGUGCGGCUGCAGAAGCGCACGGCGCCGCUGGAGGUGCCGGGGGCGGAGCCUCGGCUGGGCGAGCUGCGCGCGCAGCUGCGCGGGGCCCUCCUGCCCGCCUGGGGGUUCAGCACUGACACACAGUUCUCAAUAACGCUGAACAACAAGGAUGCUCUCACAGAAGACGAGAAGACCUUGGCUGCCUAUGGGAUUGUUUCUGGUGAUUUGAUAUGUUUAUUACUAGAAGAAGCAGAUGCAAAACCYAGUCCACCUCCUCCCUCAUCUCCUACUCCUGCUCUACUCCAGAAUGGUCAAGAACCGUCCACCUCAAUCCCCAGCAAAAGUCAGGCCAGUAGCCCAAAAGAAGAAAGGCAGAAUGGGCUACCUGAGAGCCAGAAAGUUCAGGGAGAAGUUCAAAAGAAUGAUGUUGAUAAGGCAAAAUCCAGCCUAGAAUUUGCUUCUGAACUAGCUCCAGAAGAUGCGGAUCUGGAGGAAGGCACAGGUUCCUAUCCCUCUGAACCCAUGCUGUGCAGUGAAGCUGCUGAUGGUGAAAUACCCCACUCCUUAGAAACUCUGUACCACUCUGCGGAGUGCACGAGCGCCACCGAUGCCUUGAUMGUUCUUGUACAUCUUCUCAUGAUGGAGACGGGCUACGUGCCUCAGGGGACAGAGGCCAAGGCAGUGUCCAUGCCGGAGAAAUGGAGAGGGAAUGGGGUUUAUAAACUACAGUACACACAUCCCCUUUGCGAGGAGGGCACUGCUGGGUUGACUUGUGUGCCCUUGGGAGAUCUUGUUGCCAUUAAUGGAACCUUAAAAAUCAACAAAGAGAUUAAAGGUGUGAAGAGAAUACAGCUAUUGCCAACAUCCUUUGUUUGCUUUCAGGAACCAGAAAAGGUUGCAGGUGUUUACAAAGACCUUCAGAAGUUAUCCCGUCUCUUCAAAGACCAGCUGGUCUAUUCUCUUCUGGCUGCUGCCCGACAAGCUCUGAACUUGCCAGACGUGUUUGGGUUAGUGGUCCUUCCUCUUGAGCUGAAGCUCCGGAUUUUCAGACUUCUGGAUGUCCGCUCACUCAUCUCUCUUUCUGCUGUUUGCCGGGAUCUUUACACAGCUUCAAACGACCAACUUCUUUGGAGGUUUAUGUAUCUGCGAGAUUUUCGAGAUCCUAUCACAAGGCCUCGUGACACGGACUGGAAAGAACUGUACAAGAAAAAAUUGAAACAGAAGAAGGAUGCCCUGAGAUGGAGGCAUACGAUGUUUCUGCCCCCGACACCUCAUCCAAUCCCCUUCCAUCCCAACCCAUUCUAUCCUAAUCCCUUUCCUCCCAACCCAUUCCCAUCAAAUCCGAUUUAUCCUCCAAUGAUGAUUGGUGGAGAAUACGAUGAGAGACCAACGCUUCCAUAUGCUGGAGACCCCAUUAACUCUCUCAUUCCUGGCCCAGGGGAAGCGCCAGGCCAGUUUCCCCCAUUCAGACCACAUUUUGACCCCAUCGGCUCCCUGCCUGGAGCAAACCCUACGCUUCCAGGACGAGCUGCUCCCAGUGAGAGGUUUCCACCCAGACCCAGCCGCGGCCGCCCCAUGGACAUUCGCCGGGCGUUCAUUUGACUGCUGCUGCUUCCUCCAGGGGGUUUCCUGGUUUCUGAGCUUGCUUUCUAACUGCAGGAGGAUGCAAAAUGCAGGCACUAACAUCUGCCUUCUCUUCACGUUGUGGCAAGAGCACACAUGCGUGGUUAUGUCUCGCCCACAAAGGCUGUUCGUGCUCUGUUGGUACUGCACUGUCUGGCACGUGGCUCUUUUGGGUGAAGAGCUCUGACUUGGAACAGUUUGUGCUGUUUUCUUUUUUCUUUCUUUUUUUGUAAUUUUUUUAUUUUUUUUUCCUCCCCUCUUUCUAAUCAUCUGUGCAGUGCUACUUAGAGACCAGAAGGCUACUAGCCUAACAUUUGCUGCAUCAGAUAAAGAGCACUUUAAAUACAAAUCUUAAAUUUGUCCAUCUUCUUUCAAGAAUUCUAUUAACUGGUCAGUGCAGAGGAUUUUGUUUCAACUCUUAGCUGGCUAAUAAUCUUAACAACAAAAAAAAUUAGCAUGUUCUACAUAGAACAUAAUUCUACUGCUGUUACAGUAGCAGAUUUGAGUUCAUAAACUGUUUCAAAGAUGACAUUUUCCUUUUUAUGUUUUAUUAGGUAAAAAGCAUUAUUUGUUGAUACUUAAUACACAAAGAAUACAGGGAAGGGAUAUUCUUUACAAUAGUAAUCUUAGAACACAAAGCAGUUCGUUUUACAAACUCAUGCUAUAGUGCAACUCAAAAGUCUGAACAGAAGCAAUACUGCGGAGAACCAGCAGCAAAACUUUUGU